UCAGACACAGUCAGAGCCACAGAGGAGGAGCUGAGAGCUGAAGACGUCUCAUUCCUGCACAACUACAAGGCUGCAGUGGAAAGAGUCCAGCGCUGCCCCCUGCUGGAUGAUCCACAGCUGCCCUCAGGAGCUCUGAUAGACCAGGCCAAACACCUGGGUAACCUGACCUUCAACAUCUGGAACAACAUGAAGGACAUGGUCUCCUGCACUCCUCUCAUUCUGGACCCAAACACUGCUCAUCCAGAACUCAUCCUGUCUGAAGAUCUGACCAGUGUGAGACGACGAGGAGAGAAGCAGCUUCCUGAUAAUCCAGAGAGGUUUGAUUUGUUCUGCUCUGUCCUGGGCUCUGAGGGCUUUAACUCAGGGACUCACAGCUGGGAUGUUGAUGUUGGAGACAGUACAUGGUGGAGACUGGGUGUGUUAGCAGAGUCUGUGCAGAGGAAGGGAAUCAUAACAUUUGGAUUAUGGGCAAUAUUGUUUAGUCUAAGUAAAUACUACACACUCUCACAAUCAGCUCUAUACACUGCUCUCCCAAUUGCGACGAAGCUCCAGAGGAUCAGAGUGAAUCUGGACUGGAACAGAGGAAAGCUGUCGUUCUCUGAUCCUGAUACUAACACACACAUACACACCUUCACACACACUUUCACUCACAGGAUGUUUCCAUUUAUUGAAACUGAUGGUAAAAUGAAGGUGUUGCCAAUGAAGGUGUCAAUUGAGAUGAUUUAGUUUGCUGGGAUAUGGACUGACAUGUGUUGAAUGGGAGGAGCAGUUUGUUGUUGUCUUCUUGUCUGUUUAUGACAACAAUAAAUAUGUUGUUGAAACAAUGAUUCAUGUUUAACUCCAUAUAUGAAAUGUUUCUGCUCUUUGAAUUCUGUUUGAUUAAAGACUUUCUUCAUGA